UUUCUUUCUCAAAAUAAUUUAACAAAACUAGGAAGAGAUGUGCGAUUCGCCAAAGUUGACAAGGGUUUCAAGCGAAAUGGAUGAAGACCUUCAGCGCCCAGGUUUUAUGAAAAUAAUCAGGGGUGGUUUCAAUUUCGAGAAAGUGAAACUCCCGCCAACGUUUUGGAAGAGCAAGAGCAAGACACUUUCGUCCGACGGUAUCAUCAUCUUGAAAGGACAUUUUGGUGGUUCCUGGCCAGUUCAACUAUCUCGAUCAAGCUGCGGGAUAUUUCUCGCCGAAGGGUGGAAGAAGUUUUAUGACGAUCACGGCUUAGUGCAAUACGAUUUGAUUUUGUUCAAGAGUGCCGGAGAUUCGACGCUCGAUGUGCAAAUCUUCGGCGAGAAUGGGAUUGAGAAGACAAAGAAACCUCUUCGUGUUGAAGAAGAUCCGGUUGUGAAGAGGAAGAGGGGUAGACCGCGUAAAAAUAAAGAUGCUACUAAUCCCCCACAACAACCUGUUUCAGGACUUGAAAACCCUCAAGCUGAAGUACCUGCUGUGAAGAAGAAAAGAGGACUUAAAAACCCUCAAGCACAAGUUCCUGCAAAGAAGGAAAAGAAAGGUACACCUUUUGAAAACAAAGACACUUCUGAUCCUAAUUCUAUUGCCAACAACAACAUCAAUUCCUCAGCAGAUCUUGCACGAACGCUUGCAGGACUUGAAAACCCUCAAGUAAAAGUUCCUGUUGUGAUGAAGAAGAGAGGCAGACCCUUUAAAAACAAAGGCGUUUCUAAUCCUACUUCUAUUGUCGAUGCCAAUACUAAUUCUUCAACAGAUCUUGCACCACAUGUUGCAAAACUUGCAAACUCUCAAGCUACGGUUCAUGUUGUGAAGAAGAAGAGAGGUGUAUGCUUUAAAAACGAAGAUACUGCUAAUCUUAUUUCCAAUGUUCAUCGCGAUGCGAAUUUUUUAGAAGAUUCUGCACCACCUCUUGCAGAAAGAGGCCUUAGUAAUAAUCAACAGGCCAUGGCUACCCCUUCAAAUACUGAUGCCAUGCUCUCCCUCAGGCUUGAUGACCUGAAAGGCCGAAACAAGCCGAAAAUUGAAAAGAAAAAAGUGACGAAACACGGAAGGAAGAAGGAAGAUGUGAGUCAUCAUAAGAUUUUCGCAUUCAACGAAUGCGAACAAAAAAAUAUAGUUGAAAUUUUCAUUCCGGUGGAAGAGGCGGAGCAGGAAAGAGGCAUUUUUCAUAUUGAAGGUUGGAUGGUUGGACUGAACGGGAGCAAGACAGAGGCAACCCAUUUAGUUUGCACAGAUGAGCACGGCAGAAGGGGGCAAGCGCCCAUAAGAGACGACGAGUCAAUGUCAUGGAUUUACCGAGGUGCCCAUUUGCGUCCAGCAUUGUACGUAGAGGUUGCAGAUGAACCUGUUCAAGAUGUUGGGGAAGGAACUAGUGGUGAAGAUGACGUACAUGGGAACAGUAACGAGGAGUAUGUGCCGUCCGAUGAGUCUGAUGAUGAUUACAGUGACCAUGACGCAUCUUCAGUAGUAAUUUCUAUUUUUGACGACAUCAGUGACAUGGACAAGUCUGAACUGGAUGAGGAUUCUAACGGGAUCACAAUGUGGGAUGGUAAUUGGCAGACGGUUAGACAUGGUGUACAUUUUGCUAACAAGAAAGAGACUAACAAGUUGUUUCAGGAAAACAUAGAUGAAAUUGACAAAUGCCAUUCACCCCUCCCGACGAAUCCCAUGAAACGGUAUGAGGAUUACUGUAUACAUCAAAUGGGUCACGAGGUUACCAGAUUCAGCAAGAGGAAUCAGAAGUACCAAGUGGUCACGUACUCACCACCUGAUCGGCCAUGGAAGGGUGGAAAUAUCCAUGAGGUAAACUACGCCGCCAGGAUGUGCACAUGUAACAAGUGGCAGACAUACAGGUUUCCUUGCUCCCAUGCGCUUGCUAUUGCCAGGUAUCUACGUCAUGAUCCAUUACCCCUUUUUGAUUCAUUUUAUAGUAGGGAACAAUGGGCUAUUCAGUUUUCUGGAGAAUUCAACCCAGUCCUUCAACCAUGGCCACAAGCGACGUGGCAUCUGAGGCCUAAUGAUACAUUACUCGUACACCAUGCUGGCCCAGGUCGGAAGCGUGUGAAUCGAAAGAAAGGACUUAUGGAUUAUACGAAAAAAUCUGGUAACAAGAGAGUUCAAGUUUGUUGUCGAUGUCAUCAAGAAGGCCAUAAUGCCAGUGCAUGCGUAGUUGAGAAAGUUUGCGCGCGAUGUGGAGGAUUUGAUCAUGAUACCUUCAACUGUGCAUUCUCACAUCCAUCUUCAGACAGGACUCCUUUGAAUCAUUCUUACGAUCGAUAUGGAAUGCAUGGUAGGUGGGAGAAUCGACACAACACCCUUGCAGGUCUUCAGACGGAUAUGACUCUUGAACCCCAGGCAGCACCGGAAUAUCUAGUGUGGUAUCAAAAUCACACUGUCACUUUGGUCACCAAUCCAUCAGACUAUCGUCAGCCCCAGGGUUUUCAGGAAUCUGCUGAGUCACUACAUAUAAUGGCCAAUUUAGUGCAAAACAUGCGGCAUAUUACUCUAGAUGGGCUACAACGUAAUCCAGCUGAUUCUUGGAAUCACAAUGCCUUCCUACAGCUCCACGAUUUGACACAGCAGGCAAUGACUGUCAGCAAGACAUCUGUUUGGGCUGAUUGUGAGAACCCAAACCAAGAUUUUGUUCCAGCUGACCCAACCCAGGAGUAUAUCCCACCUAGGCCUCCCAGGACUGACCGAGGCGGCUUCAGGUUAGGGAGUGGGAGAAUGAGAAAACCUGUGGCCACCCAGGAUACUGGCGGGCAAUCUUCUACCCCGCAUGUGUCUCCUUACCGUCGAGCAUCGCCACACCACCAUCCCUCUCCUCCUUUUGAGCAAAUGCAUUUUGAUUCAGAUUUUAUUAAUCCAGAUCCUAAUGCUGGGGGUUUCUUUGAGACUAGUUACGAGGGUGGUCAUCAUAGUCAGCAUCUAGCUGGUGACGAUAUCCAUAAUGAUCAGGAAGAUGAUCAAGAUCAUGAGGAUAUUGGGGAUCAGGAGCAUGAUGAUGAUGCUGAUGAUGCUGAGCAUUCCUCUCAUGAUCAUGAUGAGGGCGCUGAUCAGGGACAGGGCCCCAGUGAUGGUACCAUGCCUUUUACACCGAUUGCUUUGGGUAAGGAACAGCGGAACAUAAAGAAGAAGAAAAAGUGCUGCAUGACAGAUUCUCAGGAGAAAAAGCGCAAGAUGUAG